GGGCGCGCGGGGCGGGUGCGCGUGGCUCAGGGCGCACACCUGCGGCUCUGCGCACAGGGACAGAGGAGGAACGGCUCAGAGGAACGGCUCAGAGGAACGGCUCAGAGGAACGGCUCAGAGGAACGGCUCAGAGGAACGGCUCUGGUGUUUUCUCCGGGUCAGAAGCAUCGAUUCUGCAGGACUGAGUCAUCCCCGUAAACGGGACUGAAAAGAGCCGGAUCCGCUGGAGUGAACGUUUACACAUUUAAACAUUUCCACGUUCACGGAUCAUGGAGAAGGAGCCGGGAGCCUCUCUUCAGUGCGGCUCACUGUGGCUCACGGAGCAGAGCCGGGAGCAGCGCGGAGCCGACGAUGACGUCGUGUCCAUGGCUGAUUCCACGGUGACGGUGGACGACAUCGAGGGCGAGCUGUAUAAGAUCGAGCGCAUCAGGGACGUCCUCGUGAGAAGAGAGUCAGAGCUGCGAUACAUGAUGGACGACAUUCAGCUGUGUAAGGAAAUUACCCGUUUGAAGAAAGAGCUGCAAAAAUUAGUGUCUAUACCAGACAACGAUAAAUCCAAUGAGGAUCGUCAGAAGGAGGAGGAGCUUCUGCAGCAGAUCCAUAAACUCGUGGAGACCAGGGACUUCCUCGUGGAUGAUGUGGAGUUUGAAAGACUCAGGGAAAAGGAGGAGGACAAAGAAAUGGCAGAUUUUCUCAAGUCCAGAUUCACCCCCAGAACGACCCAGACAGGUUUCCCGAGACGCCACGUACCAAACAGAGCGCAGCCGUCGCCUUCUCCUUUCGCUAAAACGGGACUGACUUUACUGAAGGAGUGCUGCGGAUUCACCUGCUCCAUCAUGUAAAACGCCAACCACGGACCGUCUCGGGGUCAAACGUUCGGGCGGCUCGUGUUCUUCUGAUGGCGGGACGAUGUCGGCGUGACUGUACGUGCAUUGAUGUGUGUAGAGUUUUAGUUUCGCGCAGGAUCCGUUUGGCGUUUGUUCAUUAAAAAAAGUGACACGCCGCGAGGACCGUGUAAUUGACUGGACGGAGCGAUAACGCGGCGGACGAGGUGACGGCGGUGAGGACCUCGGCGUGAUGUUCUAAUGGGUCUGGCCUUUUGCAGAGCGUGGAAAGAGCGGUCCAAGCUAACACGCUAACACGUUUCUUUUCUGUGAUGCUUUUGCUCGGUGUAAACGUCGGUGUGGUUCAGAUUUGGAGAACUUGUGCUUCGGUUUUGUGUCUGUUUGAAAUGAAUAUUAAACUCAGACCGUUUCGUGUCUGCGAGUUCAAAAA